UAUGUUGUAGUAUAAAGGUACGCUCGAACGUACGUGCUUGGUCCUGGAAGUGCUGGAAAUAAGAGCGCCCUCUUUCGUUUGCGUUCGAUACGUACCUCGUGCGCAGAGUAGAACAAUCAAACGGCUUCAAUCCAGAAUUGGCGUCCACAUCCCCCUCGACUCUAAAAAGUGAUAAAGGAGCGGCGUCACCAAUUGGUAGCCGGGUAACCGCAUUGCUGCAUGUUAAAGAAUCGUAUAUAAUGGAGAAACGCGCUCACUUCAAUUUAGUUCAAAACAGGCUUUACUCAAGAUAGCAAAUACCUUCCUCACUUAACACUGCUACAGUACCCCCAUUGUUGUACUACAACUGCCAAAAUGAGUCCCAUGGCCAGUACCACUAGCUCCGUCAACGGAGUCUCCGAUCCCAAGUCAACUCACGGAUUCCGACAAUUCACCAAUGUCAUUGUUAGCCAGAUCCCCGAUAGCUUCGCCGUCAAUCCCGAAGGCCUAAGUGGCAAGAUUGAUCUGGAUCUGGCCCGAGAGCAACACCACAAGUACGUCCAAGCCCUCCGAAGUGCCGGGGUUGAUGUCACCAUUUUGCCCGCCAAGGAGGAGUUCCCGGAUUGCGUUUUCGUCGAAGAUGUAGCCACCAUUGUUGAGGGCGUGGCUCUCGUUACUAAGCCGGGCGUGGCCAGUCGUCGAUGGGAGACUGAGCGCAUCAAGCCUAUUCUAAAGCAACAUGGCCUUAUUGUGGCUGAGGUUCUGGACGAGGAGGCCACCAUUGAUGGCGGAGACGUGAUCUUCACCGAGAAAGAGAUCCUGGUUGGUCUCUCUAAACGCACGAACAGUCGAGGUUUCGAGGCUGUAAAAGAGGCCUUCCCAGGUUUCAAUGUGGUCGGUGUGCCCGUUUCUGGACCUCUGCAUUUGACCACCCUCAUUGGUUUGAUCGAUGAGGAUACCCUCUGCGUCUCGGAUGAAAGCGGGGAUUCCAUGGCCAUGUUCAAGCGGAUUCAGCAAAAUAGCCAGCGUCAUUAUAAAUGCGUAUUAGUCCACGAUGAUCUCGCGGCCAAUGUGAUCCUGAUCAAUGGCAAACUCUUGUGCAAGUCGGCCAAGGAACACCCCAAAUCGAAUGUUGUGAUCCGCAAGGAAUCCAACCACGCCCUUCUUCCCCUGGAUCUCUCGGAGAUUGAGAAAGCCGUGGGAUCAUUGACGUGCAUGUCGUUGAGAUUCCGUAAACCCUCCAAGAUUGGCCCCGCCAAAUUCUAAGAGAGCUCAAGAUUGCCAAAGUUUAUACACGUCAUUCAUAUCCCGUAAAAUAUAUAAAUAUAUAUUGAAAUUAUUUCAAAAUCUGGCAAGUCUCGACAUAUCAAAAUGGAAUU